AACUAUAUCUCUAAUACAAUUUCCUCUGUAAUUGAAAACAAAACGCAUAUUUGAAUUUUUGAUAUAUAAGUUUAUAAAUCAUAAUAAUGCCAAAAGUAGUAUCACGAAGCAUAGUCUGUUCGGACACGAAAGACCAGGAGGAAUACAAUGAAGCAAAACCUUUGCAUAUAUACUAUUGCCUUUGUGGGCAAAUGUCUCUUAUUUUGGAUUGUACAAUAGACAGAUUACCCUUACGUCCCACGGACGAAGCCAGAGUUAUAGAUGGAUCAAAACACGCUCACAAAAUCACUGCCGAUCCUGACGAAACAGUGUAUCUGAAGAGAGAGAAAGGUAUUGAGAGACAGUACAGAUUAAAAUGCAAAAAAUGUGGUAUACCAAUCUACUAUAAACAUAAUCAAGACAGUAACGUUGUAUUUAUCAUGCACGAGGCGUUAGUUUCAUCAGCGGGAGAGGGCACUAUGACAGAUAUUUACAAACAAGUUGCUUUAGCUCAGCCUAAAAAGAUAAUGGUAACAAAACAUACUAAGAACAUGGGGAAGUUCAGUUCAGUCACUGUUUCAACUAUUGAUGAAGAAGAGGAUGAGAUUGAGGCAAGAGAGGUGGCAGACAGCUAUGCAAAUAACGCUAGGAUCAUUGAAAAGCAACUGGAGAGGAAGGGAAUGAAUAAAAGACAAGCAGAGACACCAGCCAGCAGUAGUACAGAGAAGAGAGUUAGGGGAACUUUGAUUGAUAAAUAAUAAAAUUUAUCUACACUUUA